CGCCCCGCCUGGCUAUAAAGGCCGCUCCUCGCGCGUGGGCUGUGAGUUCUGGUGUCCGUGUCCGGUUUGGGAUGCUGCCGUUCACGGACUGGGUGCUGGAGCUGCUGAGCCUGGAGCGGACCCCCAUCCAUGCUUACACCAUCUCUGCCCUGCUCCUUGCCCUGCUGGCCCUGCUCUUCCGCACCCUCCUGCAGCUCGGGAACUCCUGGCACCGCUACUAUGUGAACUGCCAGCGGCUGCGCUGCUUUCCAGAGCCCCCGCGUCGCAACUGGCUGCUGGGACACUUGGGAAUGUUCAUACCUGGUGAGGAGGGGCUGAGCUUGGUGUCCCAAACAGUGGCUACAUUCUCCCAGGCCUUUGUGAUAUGGAUGGGGCCCUUCCUACCAGUCCUGUUCCUGGUGCACCCUGAUUACCUCAAGCCGAUCACAACAGCCUCAGCUGCCAUCGCGCCCAAGGACUACAUAUUCUACGGCUUCCUGAAGCCCUGGCUGGGGGAUGGUUUGCUGCUGAGCAAUGGUGCAAAAUGGGUGCGACACCGGCGCAUGCUGACGCCAGCCUUCCACUUCGACAUCCUGAAGCCCUACGUGAAGAUCUUCAACCAGAGCACUGACAUCAUGCAUACCAAGUGGCGCAGGCUGGUGGCAUCAGGCUCCACCUCCCUGGACAUGUUUGAACAGGUCAGCCUAAUGACACUGGACAGUCUGCAGAAAUGCGUCUUCAGCUACAACAGCAACUGCCAGGAGACUACCAGUGACUACAUCGCGGCCAUCCUGGAGCUCAGCUCCCUGGUGGUGCGACGCCAGCACCGCCUGCUCCUGCACUGGGACUUCCUGUACCACCUGACAUCCGACGGGCGGCGCUUCCGGCGCGCCUGCGACACUGUGCACCGCUUCACAGCCGACGUGGUGCAGCGGCGCCACCAGGCCCUGGACCGCCUGGGCAGGGAGGCCUGGCUUAAAUCCAAGCAGGGCAAGACAGUGGACUUCAUAGACAUCCUGCUCCUGGCCAAGGAUGAGGACGACCAGGACCUGUCAGAGGAGGACAUCGCAGCCGAGGCCGACACCUUCAUGUUUGAGGGCCAUGACACCACAGCCAGUGGCCUCUCCUGGGUGCUGUAUAACCUAGCCUGUCACCCCGAGUACCAGAAGCGCUGCCGCGAGGAGAUCAAGGACUUAAUGCAGGACAAGGAGUCAGAGGAGAUUGAAUGGGAGGACCUGUCCCGAAUGCCCUUCUCCACCAUGUGCAUCAAAGAGAGUCUGCGCCUGCACCCACCUGUCACGGCCGUGUCCCGGUGCUGCACUGAGGACAUCAAACUGCCCGACGGACGUGUCCUACCCAAAGGGAACAUCUGUCUGAUCAGUAUCUACGGGACACAUCACAAUCCUGCUGUCUGGCCGGAGCCCCAGGUCUAUAACCCACAUCGCUUCGACCCAGAGAACUCCAAGAAUAACCCCCCACUGGCCUUCAUGCCCUUCUCUGCUGGACCCAGGAACUGCAUCGGGCAGAACUUUGCCAUGGCAGAGAUGAAGGUGGUGCUGGCACUGACGCUGCUGCGCUUCGCCGUGCGUCUGGAUGAGAGCAGGCCUGUGCGGCGCAAACCCGAGUUGAUCCUGCGCAGUGAGAACGGGCUGUGGCUGCACCUGGAGCCACUGGGGCCCAGCUGUGAGAGCCACCCCCCGCACCGCGCUCCUAGGGCCAUCCACUCCCCCCUGCUGCGGGAGAUCUAGCCUGCUCCACUCAGCUCAGGGGCCUGCUGAGUGGCGGACCGGGGGGGGUCAUGGUGGGGCCAGAGGUUAGCAGACACCUGGGAGUCAGCUCUCUCCUCUAAUCUAGACCAGCCCUCUCUACCAAAGGAGGGGCUGUGGCGUCUAGGCGUGGGGCCCCGAAGGUGCUGCAGGCUCCUUUCAGACACCAGCUGCUUAACCCUGUCCCACCUGCCCCUGGGAGCGAGGGUGACAAGUGCCUUUCCCCAGCCCUGCUGGAUGUCCACGGCCACCUGGUGACUCAAUGUCAGAGCUAGAAAUGUAGCCCAACAGCCUGGCUCCCAGCUCGGCCUACUCACAGCCUAGGUGACCCCUGUGGCCUGCAUUCCCUGCCGCCACUGGCCAGAGGCAGGGUGCCCAGCAGUUUGGCCGCUAGCCUAGGAUGUGGGAGACCCGUGUUCACUUCCCUGCUCUGCCACACAGGGAGCCUGCGGCAUUAGGCAAGUCAGUCUGCCUCUGGCCCUCAACUCCCAUCAGUGCAAUGGGGCUAAUGGCCCUGCCCAGGAGGGCUGAGAGUAAAUGCAGUCAGGGGGUGAAGUGCCACAUAAUUAUGUUGGGCAUCUAAGACCACGUGGUCAAUAACCCUGAAUGCUAUGGACUCGUUAGUGGAUCAGCCCCUGUGUUCCCGCCAGCCCCUCCGUGUCCUGAUGCUGCCGCCUGGAGUUGAGGGUCUGGUCUCUCUCUCACUCCCCUUCCCUGGAGGGUAGGAAUCUUCCCUCCCGCCCACUCCCCCUCUGUCCUGCUCCCCCUACUUCUGUACUCAGCAAUCCACCCAUCUGGUCUGGGGCAGGAACAGCUGAGAGGCCUGCAGACAGGUGGCUCAGUGCUCUGGCCCAUCUUCCUGAGAGGCCCCCAGGAGCCUGGCUGAGAGCUUCUGCCUUGGGCUGCUUUGGAUGGCUUUGAGGUGGGGACAGCAAUCCAGGGGGCAGCUGCCUAGUAAUCGCAACCUGCUGGCUGCAGUCACCCAGAGGAGUUGGGGCAGGGAACCUGUAAGUGUGUGUGUGUGUCUUUUCUCUCUUUCUCUCUGUAGUGCCCCAGGGGGCUGGCUGCAGACCCAGCAGGGACCCACUCUGUGCCACAGGGAACUCAUGGUUCUAUGAAACGAACAGUGGUUGAGGGCAGGGAGGAGGGGGCUGAGUGUGGCCCCUGGGGCAGCUGGACCUGGAACUGGGGGACAGUUGGUUUCAUGAUAUUUCUAAGUUGGUUCUCGAGCACGGUGAAGUCCAAGGCCCCUGCUGCAGGGACAAGGCCAUGGGACUUUGGGUUCCAGCCUGGGGGUUUCAAGAUCUGGCCCUCGAAUCCGGUCACUGAGCUUUGGGUUCUGUCCCCUGUCCACAUGGUGACAGGCUCCAGCCCUGGUCUCACUCCUCCCUCCCAUCUCUCUGGUCCCUGCUGCCUUCUCAGACUUCAACCGCAUGCUCCAUUCCUUGGCCGCAGGGCUCCAGGGCCCAGGAUCUGGCUAAGGGUCUUCCGGCUCUGGUUCCCAGCUGUGAGGCAGCGGGGGCCGGCCCCAGGCUCACCCACCCCCCAUUGACCUGGCCCACUCUGCCUCCUCUGGCCCUGGGCUUUGUCCACAUGCUCAAUCCCCGGCCAUGGGGUUUCAAGCUCAGGCCACAGAAUCCGGCUGCGGGGUGUUCAGCUUUCUGGCUCUGGCUCGUGGCCAUGCCGUGGCAGGUGCAGGCCCCUAGCUCACCCCCUCCCCCCGCCUCCAUCAACUUUGGCCCCUGCUGCCACUCCUACUCCCCCCAUUGCUCCUGGCACCCACUGCCUCCACCAGCUCCCUGUCCAUUCCCCCCACUGCCCUGGGGCUCCACUGCCUCCAUACCCACCUUUGUCUCCAGGCUUGCCAGGGCUGUGUAAGUGCUGUGAAAAGUUAUAUUUGUAUGUUUGGUAAUGUCACUUUUCACAGCAGAGCGAGUAGCAAGCUGGGAGGCUGUGAAAAGUGAUAUUAACAUACAAGUGUCACUUUUCACAGCAGCAGAUUUACUAGCUCACAAGGCUUAAAAAUAACCAAUGCAACCAAAAAAGCAAAAGAAACUACAACAAAAAAGACAAGAACGUGCAGAGCACCUUGUUUGCGUUUCUAUUCUGCUUAGGGCCAGUGAAGAAUAAAGGCAACUGGACUUUAUUUUUACUGUUCAGUCUGCAAAAAAACCCCAAAUCCUCCAUAA